AUGGAAAGUGAUGAUUAUGAUAUUUUAAGUUUAGCAGAUCAGCUAUGUAAAGGUUUAAAUACAAAUGAUAGACAACAAAAACAAGAUAAAAUUACGGAUAUGAUAAUAGAUCAAAAUACUACUGAAAUCCAUAAUGAUGAGAUUUCAUCUACCACUAGUACACAAUCUGAAAUUUCCUAUUCGGUUCCAUAUAAUAACUUGGUACAGUCAAAUCUAGAAGACCAUCAUCAUUUAAAUAAUAUAAAUAAACAUAUUGAACCUAAGUCACUAUAUCGUUCAUUAUCACUACCAGUAAAUAGAAAAUCGUCAAUAAUAAACCAAUUCAAGGAUAUUGAAAAAAGUAUAUUUGAUCCAAAUAUUAUUAAAAAGACCCCUUAUCAAAAAAUUAAUACUAAUAUGAAUAACUUAAAUAACUAUAAGCAAUAUGAUUGUGAUCAUAUAAAUAUAUUACCUAUUGUAAAUACUUGUUCAUCUUCAUCUACAUAUAAUAAUGAGAGAUUACCUAUAUAUAUUAAUGGAUAUAUUCAAUUGAUAUUUAAUAUAUCAUUAGUAAUAAUUAUAUUAUAUGGAUUGUGUGGUUUAAUGUAUGCAAUUAGAAAUGAUAUAGAAUCAAAAAUUCAAAUAUCUGUAAGGAAUUUAAUGGAAGAAAUGGCUAUAUGUUCUAGACAAUAUACAGAUAAUAAAUGCAAUCCAAAUGAACGGGUACCAGCUUUAGAAACUAAAUGUAUCGAAUGGGAAAAGUGUAUGAACCAAGAUCCAGCUAUAAUUGCUAGAAGAUCGAGUUUUACUGCACAGACAAUUGGUGAGAUAUUGAAUACAUUUUUAGAUCAAUUAUCAUGGAAAUCAGCUAUACUCAUAUUUGGAGGGUUAAUCUCUUUAUUUAUAGGAUUUAAUUUAGCUUUCUCAAUUGGUAGUAAUACAUUCUAUAGUAAAAAAAAAAAAGAAAUUAGAAUAGAUUAA